AUGUUGAAAAGAUUUAUACUUGUCGUUAAUAUGUUUCAUUAUAUUGUAUUGAUCAUAUUCAUACCAUUUGCCACAUGCACUAUUCCAUACGGUCGUAUCGCUCAAGCACAGCUGCUGAUAGGACAAUUCAAUAGUUUUUGGUUAUUCAGCCAAUCUUCAUGGCCACAAUGCAUGUGCCAAGCACUCCGGUAUCGUUCUCUAGCAAUAGCCGCAUUUAAUUUCUUUCCUUCGAAUCAAACAUGUCAACUGAUCCCAAAUAAUUUCUCCAAUACUUCUAUCACGUUUUAUAUAAUCCCAUCAUCAUAUUCAACGCUCAUUUUUGUAACGCAAGAUAUUAUCUAUAAACUAACAUCCAUUUGUUGUUCAGAUAUCUUUUGGUUGAUGAAUAACAUCCAAGCAUCAGCUAGUUUUACGAGUAUAACAAUCACUAAACCAGUUGGCUUAACGUUAGAUAAUAGUUUGAAUAAGUUGAUAAUAACAUACGGCAAUACACGAUCGAUUCAACAAAGAGAUGCUAAUGUGUCUAUGUCUGGUAGCAAAACUCUAUUCUCGAAAACGAACGCUCAACCAAUUACUUAUAACGCCGGCUUUUAUUUUGUCGGCAUUAAUCCGCCAGCUGCAUCUUCAUCUAACUACUAUUAUGUUUAUAACACCAGUUUGACACGUAUUCUUGAUUUGCCUUUUCCUCAAGGUGAUCCUCAACGUGCAGUCUGGUUGUAUAAUAAUACUCUAAUGUGUUUAAUUAUUCAGAAUGGUCAAAAUUCGUCUAUAAGUUUUCUUAACUGGAAUGCGUCUUCAUUCACUUUUACAUAUAAUCGGACUCUGUUAACUCCUUUCGAUCAACCAUAUGGCUUGGCAAAAUCAAAUGAUGACACAACGAUUUACGUCAGUGGAAACACAUCCGUGAUCUAUCAAUUAUCUAUGAAAACAUUUCUCUGGUCGAUUCUCGUAUCAGAUAACAAUACUUCUGAGAUACCAUUGACACUAACUGUUGAUUCAUGUGGUCAACGGCUUUGGGCAUUGAUGUCAGGAUUUGGUAUUCGAAUUUAUGAUCGAAUCUAUGGCACUGCCCUUUAUGCGUGGAAUAUGACCGCACUGUUUCCUACUCUUUAUGAUAUGGCAUUAACACACGAUUAUGAAUUGUAUUUGAUUGAUUAUUCACUAAAUGAAUUGAUUCAUUACGGUUCGCCUUUGAAACAACAAUGUACAAUCGAUGGAAUAAUAAGAUAUACCUAA